AUGAAGCACUGCCUCUACGGAUUCGAAUCAAAUUCUAUCGGUUGUCCAGUAUGCAAAUGCAGAGCAAUCUCCCGGAUCGAAGCAAAGCUUACCAUACCAGAGAAAAUUGGACGGCUGGCAGGUUGGGAUAAAUGCGUAUCGCUAAGUCCAACUGGUCGCGUAGUUGAACGAGAUGGUGGUGAAUGGUGGAGUGAUGGCUGUCGUCAUUGUUUCUGCGAACAGAAGCAGGAAUACUGUUCGUUGAUUUCAUGCGCACCAAGGCCUGCAGAUUGUGCCGAAGAGAAUUGGGUACAUGAAGAAGGUGCCUGCUGUUCAUCCUGCAUGUCCACAGCAAACAAGUCAGCAGUGCUCACAUCGAAGCACGAACAUACCGUAUGCCAAUCCCCUGGAUCUGGUAGAAUAUUUACAGGAGCCUCAUGGCGAACAGAUGAUUGCACGUCAUGUGAAUGUACUGCCGAAGGAAAAGUGAUCUGCUAUCGACAACAAUGUGAUGACGAUACAGCAUGUAAUGGAAAACCUCUGACGAUCAAAGGGCGGUGCUGUCCCGUUUGUGAAGAUGCACUUUCCGCAGCAGUGUGCUCCUUCGAUUCAUCCGUCUAUAGUGUGGGCGAAGAAUGGCGUCAAGACACCUGUACGAACUGUUCU